AUGGCGUUGACAAUGGUGGAAAUUCAAAUGAGGAAUAUAGAAAGAGAGGAAAUGAUUAGUGAAAUGGAAAAGAGGGAUAGAGAAAGAUCGCAAAGGGAGAGUCAAAUGGAAGUGGAGAGGAUACAAAUGACGCAAAGAAUGGAGAAAUAUGAACAACAAAUUGAAUUCUUAAUGACAACCCCCUCCCUUCGGCUAGAAUUAUUGGAUUUUGUACGAAUAAAUCCUAAAAAAGUAGAUGUUAGAGGAUGUUAUACGGCUUCAGCUGAAGAAGGAUUUAAUUAUAUUCGAGAUUUCGGCAUUUGUCAAGAGAUUGACUAUCCUUUUACAGCUACAAGGAAUGAAAUUAUCAAUAUUCAAGAUAGGAAAAUUAUUAAUCAACAUCCUGUUAUUGGUAUAAUAUAUCUCACUGAAGAGUUUGUAAAACCUAAAAAGGUUGAUAUAUACAAAGUAACUUCAGAUGAUGGCUUAAUAAAGCAUCCGGAAACAAAAAAACCACUCAAGCAUGGUGUUUUAGUGAUAGGAUAUGGUACGGAUUUGGAUGGGAAUAAAUUUUGGAUCAUCAAAAAUUCCUAUGGUACUGGUUGGGGUGAGAAUGGAUACAGGAGAAUAUGUCGCAGUUCUAUAUGCAACGGAAAACCACUUUUAUUUGAUAUGGCUUUUCCGUUAAACCCUGUAAUGCAUGCACAAAUUUAA